CGGCCCGAGAGCGCGCGCGCCCCCUGCGGGCGCCGGCGGGGCGGCGCAGCCCCCAUGGAGCGGGUGAGCGAGGCCGCCGCCUGCGGCCCCUCGUCGGGCUGCUACACCUACCAGGUGAGCCGGCACAGCGCCGACGUGCUGCACAGCCUCAACCAGCAGCGCAAGAACGGCGGCCGCUUCUGCGACGUGCUCCUACGCGUGGGCGACGAGAGCUUCCCGGCGCACCGCGCCGUGCUGGCCGCUUGCAGCGAGUACUUCGAGUCGGUGUUCAGCGGGCAGCUCGGCGACGGGGCAGGUGGUGGCGGCGGCGGAGCGGAGGGGAGCGCGGCGGAGGCGGCGGCCGGCGGGGCUGCGGCGGCGGCCGGCGGAGCCCCCGGGGGCGGGCGGGAGCUGGAGAUGCACACCAUCAGCUCCAAGGUGUUCGGAGACAUCCUGGACUUCGCCUACACGUCGCGCAUCGUGGUGCGGCUGGAGAGCUUCCCGGAGCUCAUGACGGCCGCCAAAUUCCUGCUGAUGCGCUCUGUGAUCGACAUCUGCCAGGAGGUCAUCAAGCAGUCCAACGUGCAGCUCCUCGUCCCCCCCGCACGCCCUGACAUUAUGCUAUUCCGUCCGGGUGCUGCUGACCUCGGCUUCCCUCUUGACAUGACCAACGGUGCCACUUUGGCACCCAAUGGCAAUGGCAUUGCUGGCAUGCCUGAAGAUGAGGCCACGCGGGCUGCGCUCACUGCUGCGCAGUCCUCCCUACCUGUCCUGCAGGGUGUGGACCGCCUGCCCAUGGUGGCAGGACCUCUAUCCCCACCACUGCUGGCCUCACCCUUCCAGAAUGUUGCUGCUAGCGCCCCCACUUUAAGCACCAAGAGGGGCAGAGGGCGUCCCCGUAAAGCCAAUCUCUUGGACUCCAUGAUGUUUGGUACCCCAGGGGGCCUGCGGGAGGCUGGUAUCCUGCCUUGUGGUCUCUGUGGGAAAGUAUUCACGGAUGCUAAUCGUCUUCGGCAGCACGAGGCUCAACAUGGGGUGACAAGCUUACAGUUGGGCUACAUAGACAUCCCACCCCCACGACUGGGUGAAAAUGGUGUUCCUGGUCAGGAUGACCCCGACGCACCUCGAAAAAGAAGCAGGACGAGGAAACAGGUGGCCUGUGAGAUCUGUGGCAAGAUUUUUCGGGACGUGUACCACCUGAAUCGGCACAAGCUGUCACACUCUGGCGAAAAGCCUUACUCUUGUCCGGUGUGUGGCUUGCGGUUCAAACGAAAAGACAGGAUGUCCUAUCAUGUUCGAUCGCAUGAUGGCUCUGUGGGAAAGCCCUACAUCUGCCAGAGCUGUGGAAAAGGCUUUUCCAGGCCAGACCACUUGAAUGGACACAUCAAACAGGUGCAUACCUCAGAGAGACCUCACAAGUGUCAGCAGGAAAAUGGCAGCCACCAUGGAAUAAGCUCAGAGACAUCCACAUCCAUAGAAAAGUUGAAACUUCAAGAGACUUGCAAUGCUUCCUUUGCCACGCGUGACCGUCUGCGCUCACACCUGGCAUGUCAUGAAGACAAAGUUCCAUGCCAGGUGUGUGGGAAGUACUUGAGAGCAGCAUAUAUGGCAGAUCACUUGAAGAAGCAUAGUGAAGGACCAAGCAAUUUCUGCACUAUCUGUAACCGAGGUUUCUCCUCUGCCUCCUACUUAAAGGUCCAUGUUAAAACCCACCACGGUGUUCCCCUUCCCCAGGUCUCCAGGCACCAGGAGUCCAUCCCGAAUGGGGGAGCAGCGUUCCACUGCGUCAGGACCUAUGGCAUCAAAGAAGGCCAGAAAUGUUCACAUUCGGACCCGAUUGAGAGUUCUGAUUCAUAUGGAGACCUCUCUGACACCAGUGACCUCAAGACUCCUGAGAAACAGAGCACCAAUGGGUCCUUCUCGUGUGACCUGGCAGUCAGCAAAAACAAGAUGGAGAUGGAAGGAGAGAAGAAGUACCCGUGCCCCGAAUGUGGCAGCUUUUUCAGAUCUAAGUCUUAUCUGAACAAACACAUACAGAAAGUGCACGUCAGGGCCCUUGGUGGCCCACUGGGGGACCUGGGUCCUGCUCUAGGAUCCCCCUUCUCACCCCAACAGAACAUGUCUCUCCUGGAGUCGUUUGGGUUUCAGAUCGUCCAGUCAGCAUUUGCAUCAUCCCUAGUGGAUCCAGAGGUCGACCAGCAACCAAUGGGGCCAGAGGGGAAAUGAGAUCGCUUGGAUCUUAACAAAGCAAAGCAGCAGUCUGGCUAUAAUGAUAAGAUGCUGUGAAUGAAAGAGGAAAUAAUGAAAUUUGGUUCUAUAGCUGAGAAUUUUUUAUUCAUUUUAGCUUCCUUCUUUGUCUCAUGCCCUACCCCAUCUUUAAACCUUCACUGGGGAGAGGAAGAAAAUGCUUCGUUAGCUGAUAAAUUACAGAAGAUGGUGGCCUUGAAUAGGAGACGUGACCCAAAACAAAUGGAGCUUUAGAGGCUGCUGGUGGUGUUUUGUGUUCUUUGAGAGUAAUCAAAAGUUACCAGCACUGGUCUGAGAAUGAGACAGACCUAGUGACUGAGGCGCCUGGGGAGCUGCAGCUACAGGGAGCUGUGAUUUUAUUCUCUCUCUAUUCCCCUGCCCUCCCUAAACUCCCCCAGAAAAACAGUAAGUUUAAAAAACAGACCCAUUACUGAAUAUAACAUUAAUUAAAACGCCCCAUGGUUCCUAGCAGGUUACAAUGUUACAAUGCAGUUGUCCUUUUAAAACAAGAAACAUUUAAAGAAGGUGAGAGAAUUUGAUCCCCUUCUGCCUUUGUGAGGCGGUGAGUGCUGCAGCAGGACUGAACUGCUGAGAAAAAUCACCUUUCAGAACAGGUUGUUUUUAUUACUUUUGACCAUUAAACUUGCUGUCAGGUUUUUAAUUCUUUAUUAUUAUUAUUAUUUUAGGACCUGUUGUAGUGAAUUGCUACUGAAAAGCCAGUCUAAGGCGAUACACAGAGCACUCGUAAAGCAGCAGUCACAUUAGGGUUAGUAUGAUUAUUUUUUUUAGAUGUACCAUAAUUAAUAACUUGGCUAGUUGGUUGUUUUAAGUCUAUGAAAGAAAUAGUUUUUAUGAAAAUAAAAAAAAAAAAAAAAAAAAAAAGGAAGGAAAAAUACCAUUACAGUCUGGUUGACUGGUGCUCAUUUUUCAUGUGGGGACCUAGGGGAUGAACACAAUCAGCUAUCGGGUUAACACUAUGUACCACUGACUUGUUUAGUGUGAAUAAACCCAGGGGUUCACAGAGUGAUUUUGGUUUAAUUGGAUUGGACUCUAUUAAAGAAGUUAGUAUGUUACUUUGCAUCCCCUCGUUUUGUCUGGUUUUUGAGCAGUUUAGCCACCUGUCCAAAAGGUGUGCAAAUGAGAGCCAGUAAAUAAUAUGUGAAUCCCAUACUGCACUGUGCUGUAUUCUCAGUGAGCAGGGCUUUUUGGCCAGUCAUGCUCUCCUGAUUUGUCUCUAGUCAGGUUUGCAAAAGCCACUGUUACUCCUUUCUUUUCCAAAUGAAAAGAAAUUGCAAACAGCAUAUAUUUGAAAAAGAUUUUAUUACAAAAUGCAAAGAAGCUGCACUUCAGGCUGUUGGACAUUCCAUUUAAUCUGAAAAUACCGCUUAUGCAGAAAUAAUGUAAUUUCUCGACCCUCAUUUUCCUUCCAUGUAACUACUCAUGGUUUUAUGUACCAAACCCAGGUAUAAAUGUUGUUUAACACAGGGUUAGGAGUUAGGAAUACUCUGAGUUUUAAUUAUGGUUCUGCUGUUGAUGCUCAAAGUCACAUAGAACAGUUACCUGAAUUUAUUCCUUAUUUUCAUAUCUGUGAAGAAUCUUCUCUACAUCACAAUUGUUGGGAGAGUUACUGAGCAAAGGUUUAAGUAGUGAUUUGGUAAACUCCUUUGUGUAUUGAAUGCUUCUAAAAAGGCCAUUCUGAAGAGCCCAUGUCCUGCACUGAACUUGCAUCCCAUGAAACAAUAUCUAUCUCCAUCAUUAAUACAGUGCUGGAGCAGGACGGACCCUCUUGGGCCAGGUUCUCGUUUGCUGCAGGAGAUCUGUCUGUGUAAUGCACAGAGACACAAAGUGGUGUUGUACCACAGCCUGCACUGCCCAGGUGCUUCUGUCCAAACCCUGCAGCUGAUGCUUAACUGAUAUUCCCAAUUUGUUUUUACUUUAGAAUUAAGAGAGGCCUUUGUAAGUAUAUGGAUUUUGGAAUUACAUUCUAAAUUCUACAGAGUUAGAAGACCCAGAUUCCUUCUUGUAAGAAGCUACUUUUUGUACUUGCUCUCGACUUAUAAAUCAAGGAUGAAUAAUCAAUGGCUUUCUCUUUAUAGCACCAGCACUUUCUAAAUUGAGAGCAUGUUGCAGUGGACUUGAUGUUUUGCUAUUAAUCUGUGUUGGGAGACUGAAGGACAUGUUCUUCUCCAGUCAUCUCCUCCCAGAAUCCUGGAAUAGGUGUGAGCCUCAUUUUAAAGGAAAAACCAGUGAAACAAACCCCACUACUAAAGCUUCAUGGAAUUGCUCUUGUACUGGUAAGAUUAGUAGACAGGUAAAACCAGAACAUCUUAGAAAAGUGAGAAAACAUUUAAAAAUACCUUACAAAUCUAGUGCUGAGACAACCUUAUAAGCUGCCAAGCAAAUCAGGAGAGAGCAGGCCUUCCAGUCAGCAAAACAAUUUGUUGGGAUUAGCAAAUGCAGCUGCAGUCACUGAUUUAGUAAUAGCUCAUAAUUAAUCCACAAGGAAAAUUUCUGUUGAACUGAGGCUGUAUGCUGAAAGACAGAAGUUUUUGUCCCCAGUGUUCCUAUAUGCACUCAAAGAAGGUGCAUUAAUCAUAAAAUUCAACUCCAAAAGCUAAGUCCAGAGUAUAGAAUACUUUCAUCCUACAUUGAUUUUAGUGUUACAAGUGGGUUGAAUUUUGGCUGCACCUAUCAGAAUUUAAUUUUGAAUGCUACAGAAUUUGACCUGGUGAAACAAAAGCCUUUAUUUGAAAACAAAGCCUUCGAAAACACUGUGUAUUCUGCUUGUCAAAGAAAAUGCUUACUAAGUUGUCAUGAAAACAUUGAAUAAAAACUACUUGCUUCUCAGUCUAGCAGACAGGGAAACAAUUAGGCAGGAGGUUAACAAUCCUGAAAUGACAGCUCUAGAUCAUCCUAGUGUAAAUGGGAGAGAUUUGUACCAACACAGGAGGCUGGUGCAGGCUAGUGCCAGUAGGAAGUUGGACAGAUCUUUAGCUGUGGUGUGUUUUCAGUGCUUUUUGCUUCUUUAGGGGCAUACUGUUCUAUUUUGGACAGUAAUUUAAUCUACAUGCAAAUUCUUUGUAUUCUGUACUUUGGGAAAUGCCUGUUUCUUAUAGAAUAUGAGACAGAUCCAAACAGAAAACUCAGCCUCUCAAGUUCAGAGUUCAAAGGGAAGUAUGUAACAUGCCUUGAGCUGUAGCUUGUUGCUAUUACAUUUUAUUUUUAAUUGGUGUGUAGAUGAUAGUUCUGAUUUGGGCCACCCUCCCUUCCUUGCCUUCCCCUUUGGAGGGACUGCGAGCCAAUGUUUGAGUUGGUGCACAUGUCAAGAAGGAAACUUCAGUUCAUGCAAAUUUAUAUAAUCAGACUUGUAGUACUUGUUUGUAUUAUAGGAGUCUCAUAACCUCUCAUCUGAGGCUCAAGCCUUGUGUAUUAGGUACGAAGAAAACAUCUUUGAUCAUUCAUAAUCGAAAUAUUAAAGACAGAAAGGAAUACAUGCUUAUAAGAGAAUGAAUGAAAGAUAAAGGACUAAAAACCACUUACAUGCAUGCUUAAGUGUUGUCUUAAAUGUGGGGGCACAAACUUCUCAGGCUUAUUUUGUUGCCUGAAUUUAUAAAUGUGAAUCCAGAACAAAUGCAAGGUAAAGCAAUUUAAUGUGAUUUUUUCCACGCUGAGUUAAAUUAGGUAACAUGACUUUGCAUUUGUCAUGUCUUAAAUGUGUGCAAACAGUGUGGCUCACCUGACACAUGGCAAUGUGCACGUGAGCUCUCAGUCCUGAGUGAUUUGCCCAUGAUGAUACGGGAAAUCGAUAGCAGAACCAGAAAUUGAACACAGAUUUUUCCUUCUCUCAAUCCAGUGCCUUAAUUAUAGUAGGGCAAAGUAUUAUAUAUCGGGGGAAUGGGUUUCUUUUUUGUUUGUUUUUAAAGCCUAGAACUAUUAAGAUGGUGUGGAGUUGGUCUUCCUACCAAUCUUUUGAAUAAUUGUAAAUGCCCAGUCACAAUUUGAGACCUGUUUGAGUGCCAGUGACUUAGGGAAUAUUUGUUAUUUCCCAUGUAUUCCCUGAAAUUACUGUUCCUCCCUCAACUGCUGUCAGCAGUAAGGAAUGACUUGAAUAGAAGAGCUGUGUAACUGAAUGUCUAUAACUCAACUAAUUGAAUUGCUAGUAUGAAAGCUAACCUAGAUUUUGUAGGCUCUGUUGUAACUUUAGUGUCUUGUUUUUUCACUAAAUCUUUGUUCCUAGAAUUCAAUAUCUAAACUUAUGUCUUGAGUCGGGAGUGGGAUACCACUUUCAGCUUUAAUUUUUUUUAAGGUGCUUGCUUGAGGAAGUAGAUGCCAAAGUAAACUUCAAAGGACUUCAGUGUUGGAAGAAUGAAUGGAGAGCAAGAGCUCUCCUUGGGUUUCAUGAGAGAUAAAUGGACAAAGUAAAAAACAGCCACCAAAAUUUUAAGUAAUGAAACAGGAAAGGUUUUUCUUUACCACCCACAAAAAAAAUAAAAUAUUUUUAAUCAUCACCAUGGUAUAAAAUCUGAGAGCAAGAACUAAACAACACAAUGUGCUGGCUUUUUCAGCAUUAUGAUUUUACCUUAACAGCAUUGUCAAUACCCAAAUGUAAAUUAAGCCAGCUUUGUACUGCUCAUCUUUUUCUUGGGCACAAUAGCUGAGUUUUAUUUGACCAGAGCAGAAGCUCAUAGUGAAUCUCUGAGAAGCUCACAGAAGCUCUGAGUAAAUCUCAGUUCUACCCUGAGAGACAAAACAAAUGAGCAAAGAGGGGGAAAAAAAUAAACCCACUAGGAAAAGAAGUUCUGGAAGGCUCCAGUGUCUCUUGAAAGAGCCAUGUUUUUUCAUCCUGAACAUCCUUUUCAAAACAAGAUCCUUCAGCUGUUGUGAAUGAGCCCUUGGGAACAGAUUUGGCUUCCAGCCCAAUCUGCUGCAGCUCCCUGUGCCUGUGAGAAGGCAGCAUGUUCCAGAGGACUGAGUCUGGGAUGCAGAGAGGGGGGGCAGGCAGUGCUCCUGGGCUGCAGCCACAGGUACUGCUACAGAGUCAGCACCAGCACUGGCAAAGUGUUGUGUGCCUGCUGCUUUGAUCCUCACCCUCCACACGUCCUGUGCAGUGUGGUGCCUCCUUGGAUGUGUGCACCUCUGCAAAUAGCUGUUGGCUGUAAAACAAAGCAGGAGCUAUUUGGCUAAGAAGAAAAAAGAGAAAGCAGCACUUUAAAAGAGUGCUAUGACAUAACUGCAGAGUGAUGCAGCCCAGGAGGAGGAGGAGUUGUGGUGAUGGUUGGAAUGGUUAUGGCACCUCAGUGAAAAACCACAACUGUGCACUCUGUGGUGGCCGGCAGUGAUGGCCUGUUCACCAAGAAUUAACACUCUGUGUCAUUUCUAGCCUCUUCCUGUGUUGUGUUCCUGUCUGUAAGAUGAGAUGAUGAUAACCUUUGGGUAAGAACGUGCCAAUAUUUAAUUGAUGUACCAAAUUGUGCUGCACAGUUAUGCUGCUGAACUCUGUCACAAAUGUUUGGCCUCACUGACUUCAGAUGUAAUGUAAAGUUAAACAAACAUUUGGCCACAUUUUUCCUGAAAGGUGUGAUACUUAAAUUUAUUUAAAGACUGCCUGGCACUGUUGAUCUGCUCUCAGGGUUUAUGUGAACGAAGCUUUUCCUGGGUGGCCUCCAUACUUGUGCUGCAGUUUUGGAGACCUGGAAGUGCUCUGAGCUGAGAUAUGCUAAAGGAGAGCGGUAACUGGAGUCUCAGUGAUGUUCCAGUGACUCCCUCCCAGCUCCUGUGUUCCGUGUGGGCCAUGGAGUCACUUCAUGCAGCCACUGGCAGCCAUAAAUGCUCUUGAGCAUCCUGCAGUUACAUAGUGACCUUGGGUAAGUGAUUUUAUAAUAAAUCAAUCUCAUGCUUGCUAAUACCUUUCUGGCUGCUGUGUCUACAAACUUGUGCCUUCUCCAGGCAAAUUUUACAUGCCCUCUGCAAAGCUGUCAGACUGACUGCUGGCUCUUAAGGAAUCAACCAAGCCUUGCUCUUGGGCUCAGAAUUUCUCUUCGGUACUGUUGUAAUCUGAAAGUUUGCUGCAAUUAGUGCAAAUAUGAGAAUAAGAGAGAAAAUAAAAGGCUGUUCUUAGAUGUCUUGUAGAGUGAACAACUGAAAUAUGAGUGUGGGAUGAGCCAGGAAAACUGGUAUUUUUUCCUGGCUGCACGCCAUAUGGAAGAGACAGUGCCUUGGAAGGGAAGGAGCAGAAAAGUUUGCCAUUGGCUCUGAUGAAUCCCAGUCCUGCUUCUACUGAAGUUGCUGGGAAUCCUCCCAUUGUCUUCAGUGGAGCAAGAAAGGAUCUUAGGUGAGGAUGGAUGACUCUUUCCCUACUUGAAUGAAGUCUCUUGCCUAUUUAUGGGCCUGCUUCUAUUGAAACCGAGCCUGUUUUAGCCUUUUUGGGUUCUUAGGGACCUGUUUGUAUAAAGCAACUUACCUACCUAUCUUUUUUUUUCUAUUGUGUGUAUUUUUUGUAUGUUCUGUUGGAAGGUGAAGCCUCUGUAGAAGGGGAUACAAAACCUGAUUUUUAAAUAGUAAUAAACCAAAAGAGAAUUAAA